AUGGAGAUGGAGAAGUUGAUCAGCGAAGAGAAGGUGGUGCUUGGCGGCGCUGGAGACGAGGAGGAAGAGGACGACGUGGUACUGCCGGGAUACCGGUUCCACCCCACCGACGAGGAACUCGUCACCUUCUACCUCCGGCGGAAGGUGGCUGGGAAGCCGCUCAGCAUCGAAGUCAUCCGGGAGAUGGACAUCUACAAACACGACCCAUGGGAUCUCCCCAGCAAGUUCCUUCUUCAUUCUGCCACGGGCAUCGACCGGCCGAUCUACUCUGCCGCCAGCGGCGGCUCGGGCUCGGGCUCGGGCGUAUUGAUUGGGCUGAAGAAAUCUCUCGUCUACUACCUUGGCAAAUUCGGUAAAUGCACCAAGACCGACUGGAUGAUGCACGAGUUCCGCCUCCUGCCGUCCGCCCCCGCGGCCACCAACGCCUCCCCGAGCAUGCAGGAAGCGGAGGUGUGGACCAUCUGUCGGAUCUUCAGGAGGACCAUCACCUACCGGAAGCAGCAGACGUGGAGGACGGCGCCCACGCCAUCCGCUGCCGACCAGAGCUCCAACACGGGGAGCUUCGAGUCCUCGGAGGUCGGCCACGAGUACAUGAACUACCUGCAGGCUCCGGCACCCAUCGCCCCGUGCAUCCCCCCGCAGCAGCACCAGCAGUACGUCAGCCAGAUGGACGCAGUAAACAGCAACAACUUCUUCUACGAGGACACCAUGCACAACCAGCAGUUCCAGGGGCAAUGGAAUGCGGCACCCGCCGCGCCGGAGCCAGAGGAGAAGCCACAGAAUACACCGUCGACGGCCGUCUCCUUCCACCAGACUGACCAUAGCCACGCCGUCGCAGAGAACGAUUUUUACGAGGUCGAGGGGUAUUUGGAGGAGAUCGCGAGGAUGAUGGAGGUCACCGAUACGGCAGGGUUUUACGACUGA